UACGAGAAAUGACAUUGCAUGAUUUUUGUACAUUGUCAGAAAAGCCUUGAGAAUGGAACCAUCUAUAACAUUAUUCAUUACUCUGACAGUCCUGGCUCUCUUUUGGGAGUUUGCAAACUCGUGCUCGAUCUCUGUUUCACCUCAAAAUGUGGCAGCUCGUUAUGGAGAUACAGUGAUCUUAAACUGUACGUCAGACUGUAGCAAUCUGCGUUGGAAAACUCCAGCGAUUCAGAAUUUUAAAAGAGGCCCUGACUGGUUGGUACUGAAUAUUAGCAACUACGACGGAUGGGAAGCAAAUUCAAUCUGCUUUGUAGAUGAAAAUUUUCUAGCAGAAGUGAAAGUUUUGUUUUACAAUGUAUCCACAUCGAUGCAUUUCCCGAAGAUGGUUUCGGACAAAGAUUAUGUUUUGAUUCUCUGUAAUGUGUCUAGCCGUGUUGGCAGUAUGCCAGCAUUAAACUUAAAUUUGACACUGAGUAUUGAAGGCAAAAUCCUAAACUAUACUAAAGAAGACACUAUAUUAUACAAGCUGAGAGCUGCCCCACAGCAUCAUAUGAAGGAAAUCUUGUGUAAAGCUGAGAUCGAAGUCUUCGAACAGAAAUUCUCAGAAGGGACCAAAGAUCGGCUGCAUGUCCUGUAUGGGCCAACUCAGGUCAAUGUCACGUCUGAUCGGACAACAUUUGUGGCAGGGGAAAAUUUUACAUUGAGAUGUUCAGGUGACGGCAAUCCCCCCGGAGAGUAUUUUUGGAACAUUCCGAAUAACAGAAGUACUACAUUUACCGACGAUAAACGUUCCCUUGUUGUUUAUUUAGCAUCAGAAAUGGACAGCGGGAAAUAUGAAUGCACUGUGGAAAACAACUUGGGAAGAAGUCAGUCUCACAUUGAAAUCUCAGUCACAAAAGAACACGCAAUGAAUGGUUUGUGGGCUAUUAUUGUCUUUCCGGUCCUUGCACUUAUUGGUCUUGCUUCAUUUCUCAUCUGGUGGGUAAAAAGGAGAAAGGGUGCGGAAACCUUAACAAAUGAAUAAAAAAUAUCUGGCGAAUACAAUCUGAUUGUGCCAAUUUAAGAACGUCCGAGGGCACAUUUCUGAGGAAGAAGUGAAUCCAUGAUCUCUGGUUGCAUUUUUUUUUUAACACAGAGACAUUGCUUUUCAUGAUCUUUUUUAUAUAAUGGAAAACCAACUGUUGGCAGC